AUGAAGAUCAUUAAAUGGGAGUGUCGAGGAGCGGCGUUUCGUGGAUUUGAGAAAAUCAGCAAAAAAAACAAGCACACCGUUUGUUUCGAGGCAAGUGGAGGCGUGAGAGAGUUGACUUUUGACUUCUCGAGUGCACAGACAAGAGAGAUUCUGGAUGAAUGGGCUGAGAAUCCAAGAAUGGGACUUUUCCCUUGGGUAGAGCUUCGAUUCGAUUACGCUGAUGGUGGUCCGUUGAUCAAACUGUGUUGGCUCGUCUUCAGAUGGAAUCGGGAAACCUCGAAAUGGAUCGCCGCAUUCACUGUGGAACGGCCGAUCAUGGGCGGAUUCGAGCUUCGUUCGAUGGUUGAGUCUUUCGAUGAUAUGGAAAUAACAAGAUCGCUCACAAUGACAAGUGAUAUAAAAUUCGAUCAAACUUUACUCCAUUUCACGCUAAAGAAUCAGCAACGAGACUGGGCAAUGAUCAAGAUCGGAGCGAUGAAACCAAUGGAUUUUGGGAUCAGAGUCGUGUUGUUGGAUCGAGAAAUGAGAAAACUCGAGGACAAUCCGACAACGAAAUGGUUUUCGAUUAAGAAUAUCACCAUGCAACGAGUUUGCAUCACUUUUCGAGGUCCACGAGCCGCGAGUAUGCUGAUCGAUCACAAAACGCGUUUUGCCUCUUCGGAAUGGCCGUAUUUCGAGCUACAAGUUCGGAGACGAAGCGAAGGGAAAAGUGACGAUUUCUCGCGGUGGAUCAUUUUUGAGUGGAUCGGCGGAAAGUGGACUUUUCAUCUUUCAAACAAUCCCCCGUCAGCACUCCCAAGGAAUCAAGGAAAGGGUUGGAGUCUUAAUGGUAGCUCUGUACUGUCUCCUGUACUCCUACUAGCACUAUGUAUUCUUAUCUCAUAU